AUGUCUGAGUCUCGGCUGUAUUCUUUCUCUCCGGAGACAAAGGAAAAGCUUCGCAAGUUCCGUCUGGGGACUUCCAGAGCAAAAGAACCUCAGGCUGUUAUUUAUAUGAUCGACGGAAAGAACCAAGAGAUCCGACCUGAAGAUGACGAGGUGUACGCCAAGAUGGAUGACCUUGCCGAGGAACUACCCGAAUCAUCCCCCCGAUUUAUCCUACUCAGCUACCCCUUGACCUUGGGAUCCGGCCGCCUCACUGUCCCUUAUGUCCUCCUUUACUACCUUCCCGUGAACUGCAACCCGUCCAUGCGAAUGAUGUACGCAGGGGCCGUGGAGCUGAUGCGCAACACGGCCGAAGUCAACCGAGUAAUUGAAAUCCAAGAGGAGGAUGAUAUUAUCUCUAUUGAAUCUAAACUGCAGGCCGCGGAUUAG